CUGUUUUCUUGCAGUGAGUGAGGACACUGCAAGGCGCAGGAGCGGAGCUCGACCAGUGCCCGGGUCAGAGUUCCACUGUGUCCGUGUGUGGGAGCGUCUCUGAUCGGCCCUGAACGGUGCCGGCGGCCGCAGGAGGGCAGGGUGCUUCAAACCGCUCAAGAAAAUGGAAUCAGACUGGGCAGAGAGGACCAUUGUUGUGUCCGGCUUUCCUGUGGACAUUUUUGCAAACAUUGUCAUGAUUGAUAAGCUCACCAUUCACUUUUUAAGGCCAAGGAACGGAGGUGGUGAGGUGGACAGUGUUAUCUAUCCAACUGAUAUUGCUGGUGCUGCUUAUAUCACGUUUGAAAAGAAGGAAGUUGUGGAUAGCGUCCUGCGACAGGAUCAGCAAUUGUUUGAAGACAAACAGCUCCCAAAGAAAUAUCCGCUGAAUGUUUCACAGAACCAUAUGGAUGUCUUUUUAGACACCUCGGUUGAAUUGGACUCCUUCACAUUUGAAAAGCGUCCAGAGUUAAAUAACUUUUUGUGGGAAAUAAUGAGCAAAAGCAAAAUGUUGCAAAUUACCACAGGCCGUGAUGGAAGGCUCUGCAUUACUGGUUCUUUCCCUGCCUUAAAGGAAUUGAGGAAAGAACUUCAUAAAAAAAUAGCUGAAUUUCAAGGUAUUAAUUUUCAAGACUCGACAUGGAAAUCUGGAAUAAGUGGCUUUGAAGAAAACCGUGUAAAGUCUCUGUCUAAUAAUGCAACAGGGGUGACUGAAACCGAGAAGUUUUCAGCCCCACCGAGUUAUGGAGAUGAGGUUGCCUUGAAUCCAGGUGUCGUCAAAGAUGAAUGCACCAUCAUGCUGGAUGCAGAUAUUUUUAAGUACAUUGAUAAGAUUGUUAAAAAACAGUACGAAGGCAUACUUAGGAAUAAUUAUGUAACUGCAAAAACAACAAACUACAAUAACAUAAUAUUUCUCCAGCUGUUCGAAACCGGUGAAUCGCGGAAACAAUCUCAGUUAAUAAAGGCAAAACAGGAACUGGAACUGUUCAUCAGCCAAAUGCAGAAAAGUUUAGUGAUUGAAAAAAUUAGACUGGAUGGAGAUGGACAGGUAAACAAGCUGUUGAUGAUACGUGAGAAAAUUAUGCAACACUUCCCCAAAGUGUUUGUCUGUUUUGCUGAUGAUUGUGUGACGCUCAUAGGCAACCAAGACGAUUGCAAAGAGUUCAUGAGGAAAGUGGAAGAGGCCAUGCGUGCAGAAUUUGAUCCGGCUUCCAGAAAAUGCAUAGGUAGUCUGAACCCAACUAAGAACAUGCAGCAGUUUGCUCAGAGAACGGGUUCAGACACUGCAUAUACAUUGCCAAUGCCCAGGCCUGUUGAGAACAAUCUACAGAGCAAUUGUCAGUAUAUGAAGGGCCAGGUUAACAGUUCUUCACCCUACAGCUGGAAUGAUUCACAUGGGAAGCAGGGAAGUUCCUAUUGUGGUGUAGGUUCAUUGGAUAGGGGGUCGUCAUCUUUACAACCUUUACACAGUGUCAGCUUGAAUAACACAGAAGAGAGGCAGUCAAGAAUAGAUUCAAGGUCUGAUAGACCUCCAAACUCUACUAUGCACUACUGAGUAGACACCGUCAUUUUCGAUUGGUUCAUUUGACGAUCGUGGUUGAUGCAAUUUUUCUAAAAUCACAUUAAAAAAAAAAAUUUACAUGCAACUUGUGUGCCCUGGUCAAUUCCAGGAAAUAUAUUGUAAAGUAACCACACUUAUAUCCAAUUUAGCAUUAGGCAGCCAAACAUUCUGUAACAGAAGCUACUCUGUUUCUAGACAACUGACAAUCUUACAUCUGCCAUCUCGCGCCAAGGUGAGGAGAUGGACCAUUAACAAGCAUGGGGUUACUGUGCAAGUUCUCUCAAGUUUUCCACAGUAUACUGUAUAUAUUGGGUACCAAUGGACUGACUAAUUUAUGAUUCACAGUGAAAUUAUAAUUCUAAAAGUAAAACAUAUUUCGCACAAAGUGCUGGAGUAACUCAGCGGGUCAUGCAAAUCCCUGGAGAACAUGGAUAGGUGAUAUUUGCGGGUCGGGACACUUCUUCAGACCGAUUACACGUUCUCCAGGGAUGCUACAUGACUCGCUGAAAUACUCCAUCACUUUGUGUCUUUUUUUCGUAAAAUCAUGAUCUGCAGUUCCUUGUUUCCACUACAAAAAAAAGUUGUACAUAUUGUUUUUAGAUUCAGUGUUGUUAUUUUAAAAUAUUCACGUUAUUUUUAUUGAUUUUCUGAUUAAUAAUUUAUUUUUAAGUGUUGAAGCCAAACCAAUAAGAAUAUGUUAAGGUGUAAAUUUUCUCGGUGUUUGUGAUGGGCCUAUAUUUUCAGAAAGGAAUUACUUAUAACUCAGUAGCUGAAAUGUUUUGACCAACUUUAUUUGAACUAAAUUUCCCUAUAAAGCAAAAUAAUGUUUUCUUUAAAUGCAGAUGGUCAUAUUAACAGAUAUCUUUAUAACGGUGGCAGUAUGGAAAUCAAUAAUCUGUAUUUGUUAUCUAAUGUAUCAUAAAAUAUUCCCUAAUAUUCA